UUCUAUAAUAGAAUAGAACUAUUAGAAAAUAAUCGCGCUCAUAAUAAAUAAAAAUAAACGCAUCAAGUAAUCUAAUUAUGAACGAUAAACCACAUAAUUCAUCAACAUCGGUUUUCUUAUCAUUCUUAGUAGUGAUUAUAAUAGGAGGGUUGCUAUUUAUUCACAACCAGACACAAUUUCAUGAAACUAUAGCAGAAGAAUCAUCAAGUAAUAAUCAUGAAUUAGAGGAUCUGAAAUUAGAAUUAUCGGAAAAACGAAAGGAAUUAUCGAAAGUAAAAGAUGAAUUAUUAACCACACAAAUUAAAUUAACGACUAAAACCAAACAGCUACAUACACAAUUAGAAGAGAAGAAUACAGAAAUACAAACCCUACAAGGAAAAUUGGAUCAGAAAAAUACAGAAUUAGGCGAUAAAAAUACAGAAAUACAAACUCUACAAGGAAAAGUGGAACAGCAAAAUACACAAUUAGGUGAUAAAAAUAGAGAAUUACAAACCCUACAAGGAAAAGUGGAACAGCAAAAUACACAAUUAGGUGAUAAAAAUAGAGAAUUACAAACCCUACAAGGAAAAUUGGAUCAGAAAAAUACAGAAUUAGGCGAUAAGAAUACAGAAAUACAAACUCUACAAGGAAAAGUGGAUCAGAAAAAUACAGAAUUAGGCGAUAAAAAUACAGAAAUACAAACUCUACAAGGAAAAGUGGAACAGCAAAAUACACAAUUAGGUGAUAAAAAUAGAGAAUUACAAACCCUACAAGGAAAAUUGGAUCAGAAAAAUACAGAAUUAGGCGAUAAGAAUACAGAAAUACAAACUCUACAAGGAAAAGUGGAUCAGAAAAAUACAGAAUUAGGCGAUAAGAAUACAGAAAUACAAACUCUACAAGGAAAAGUGGAACAGCAAAAUACACAAUUAGGUGAUAAAAAUAGAGAAUUACAAACCCUACAAGGAAAAUUGGAUCAGAAAAAUACAGAAUUAGGCGAUAAGAAUACAGAAAUACAAACUCUACAAGGAAAAGUGGAUCAGAAAAAUACAGAAUUAGGCGAUAAGAAUACAGAAAUACAAACUCUACAAGGAAAAGUGGAACAGCAAAAUACACAAUUAGGUGAUAAAAAUAGAGAAAUACAAACCCUACAAGGAAAAGUGGAACAGCAAAAUACACAAUUAGGUGAUAAAAAUAGAGAAUUACAAACCCUACAAGGAAAAUUGGAUCAGAAAAAUACAGAAUUAGGCGAUAAGAAUACAGAAAUACAAACUCUACAAGGAAAAGUGGAACAGCAAAAUACACAAUUAGGUGAUAAAAAUAGAGAAAUACAAACCCUACAAGGAAAAGUGGAACAGCAAAAUACACAAUUAGGUGAUAAAAAUAGAGAAAUACAAACCCUACAAGGAAAAGUGGAACAGCAAAAUACACAAUUAGGUGAUAAAAAUAGAGAAAUACAAACCCUACAAGGAAAAGUGGAACAGCAAAAUACACCAUUAGGUGAUAAAAAUAGAGAAUUACUUACAAUAAAGAAAACAUUGUCAAACAGUAACAUUAGAUCGAUGAUCGCAAAAAUUGAUAUAUCACAAAGAAACCAGAAUUUAUUAAACAUCAAAAGUAGAUUGAAACAUUUUUAUAUUGACGAUUACAAUUUAACUGAUAUUGAUAAAGAAAUUUUAAGUAACUACAAUUAUAAUUCCGUUAACGAUGAAGCUCAUUGGCGUUUAAGUGAGAACAACCUACAAAGUAAAUGCAUUAAACUAUCCGAAUUCGGCAUUAAAUUAUUACGUAAUGUUAAUAAUAUUCCCAAAAACUCUAGGGAAUACUCGCGUGUUAUUAAUGACAUAGUAAAACGUGUUAAUCAUUUGAUAGAUAAUAACAUUAAAACUUUGGGAGAAAAUGAAGAUGUAAUAGCGGCAUCGGCGACAUUACUUUCAAUGCAUAGAUUGAUAUACCCGGAUGAUGACAGUUUUAUGAUCAGUCACAGCACAAUAUGUAAAUUAAUACCCGAAAUUCCAUCAAUAAAAUCUAUUUACCCAAAUUCAAACGGUCGUUUUGAUAAAAAUAAGUACAAAAAAUUGCUAAAUCUAUCAACGCCGCGUUUGCUGACAAAUUACAUCAACAAUACUACUGAUUAUAUGCAUGAUGUCAACAGUGGCGCACUAUACGUCUUUAAUUCUACAAUAAAUAACGAUUAUUGUGAUCACGUGAUGCUAGAUGGUAUACGACAAGAUGGUUCAGCUUUCACUGUUCACCCGACGAGAAAUGUUCUCCAUAUUGAUUACAGCUAUUACCUCAAAGAUGUUGUUGCUCAAAUAAAAUAUCCAGAUUUCUAUGCUUCUGUUUAUUCGGAACUCAAAAUACCCGGUAAUUAUUAUGAUGUUGUCAAGAAAAUAGUCUCGAUAUUAAUGCAUCCGAAUAUAGAUUUUGUUCUCCAUGGUUUGAUCAGUUCGGAAGGUAAAAUAAAAUUCAAUUUUAAUUGGUUGGAUAUAAAGGGUGAAACGGGUUGUCAUCUUAUACCUUCUAUUGGGUUCGGUAAUUUCAAAACAGAUAAACUUAUGUUUUCCUUGCGGAUACAGAUGCCUGGUAUUCCGACCUCUUGCUUAGAGAUUUGUGACACUGAGCAGCGAUUAAAAUGCAAUCCAUUCGCUACAAGUAUUAUGAACAUGCGAAAAAUUUAUGUUGUUGAUGACAGUAGGCUCAAAGAUUAUGAAAAUUGGAAUGCCGCUAGCGAAGAGGCAGGUAUCAUAGUGAGCCUAGAAAAUAGUACGUAUAUGCUUCUUGACGAAUCCACCUAUGUAUAUAGUGAUUGUGACAAUGAUUAUUCGAAUAGUAAUUAUAUCGGACAAUUGACUCUGGAAAAUCAGGUUAUGUUUUGGAAAAGGGAUUGUCACAUUAAGUCCGCCGGAGACAUCAACUACAAGAUCACUGAAGUAGGAGUCAUUACAUUUGUUGGACUGGAAUCUAUUUAUCAAAUUCAUAACUUGAGUUCGUCUCCUUUGCGUUUUGAAUGGACGGGUUGGUCUAGUACUAUCAAGCACUGGGCUGAUAAUUUGGGUGAUCUUUCCUGGAAGAAAGAUUUUAUCAUAAUACCUACGGGUAAACCUGUAUCUUUUAAAUGGUACAUGCGACCCAACAAGAAACAUUUCGUACGUUUAAUGUACAAAGACAAGAAACAGACUUUUAAUUACAAUGGUCAUAAAUAUAUUGUUGAAAACAUGCCUAAUGAUCCGCAAAGUUUCACAGUUAAAUGCGAUACUGACGAUAAUGUUAUACUUAUUGGUAAUAAUUCCAUCCGUGUUAAUGAUUCUGUGACUUAUAACAAUGUUACCUAUUACCGUGACAACAGAACAAUGAUGUAUGUGAGACCUUAAUUGUAUUCUGAGUAUUUAGUUAUUUUCAAGUAAAAAUUGAAGUAUUAAAAAUUAAAGUUUUUUUUUUA